AUGUCCAGUUCGCGCUCCCACAACGGCUAUGGCGCAUCCAAACACGGCCGUCUUCACAGGCGCGGCAACUCCGCUUCGUCCAUGACAAGUCCUCUGAGCCCCGGCCAGUUCACCUUCAGUCGCUCCGAGACGCCCGUUACCUACCAAGAGCCCUGGACCGACAUUACACAACCCAUGCCCGCCGCAACGUCGCACUCCCACAAGAUCAAGCCCUACUUGCGCAAGCUGUCCUCCAAGGACAACAACGACCUCGACCUCUCACGGCCUGCCGCGGAAAAUGAGCGCCUCGCUGGCUUGGGCAUCCUCGAGUAUGGCGGAUACGCGCGAACGGUAAGCGAUGUCAAUUUUGCGCCCGUCAAGUCGCGCAAUCACGCCCGCAGCACCUCCAACACGUCACAAUUCUCUACCUCGUCGAGUCUCCAGCGGCCCAUGCCGUCCAUCCGCCAGAGCCCGCGCCCCUAUACACCUCCGAUAUCCAAGUCAACACCCGCUUCCACGCUACUCAACGGUGACAACGAGCCCGAAGACAAUAUCAUGAGCGACGAAGAGUUUCGUAUGCGCCAGGCGGCGUACGACCCCGCACGAAAAUCUGGCUCGCUAUCCAGCUCGACGCCCGCUCAAGCUGCGCCAGCGCUGCGCAUACAUACCACAGGAUCCUCUUCGUUUUUGGCGGGGAGCUACUCUCAGUCCACAGUCUCACUCACAUCGCCCGUUGCACAGUCCAGGCCCAGAGGAGACACCGUAAAGUCCAUGGACACCACUUCGCCCAGUUCCCGCACAUCGUUCGACAAAGCCUUUGGCUUCAUUCGCCCAGGCCGAGACUCUCCAAUCGAUGCACAGUCACGUGCCGCAUCCAUCCGUGCUGCGCGGCAAGCCUUCGAAGAGAAGGAAGCCGCCAAGGAACGCAAGCACGAUCGCGAGGUACAUAAGCAGGCUGAGCGAGACACCAAGAAACAAUGCAAGAAAGACGAGCGCGAGAGACGCAAGUCCGAAUCAAAUGAGAAGAAGCGCUCUCGCAGCAUUUCCGAUGCAACCAGCCACGAAAGAACCUCGCGCCCUUCUGUAGGCGCCAGACAGUACUCUGACCACCGAGAAGCGCACACCAGCAUGUUGCCCAAUAUUGUAGCCACCGUCGAUCCGGAGAAGAGUGGCUAUGCACCGACCCCCAAGGUGACCAAGAGCCGGCAGGCUAAGGGAAGGUGGCUCAGAUUCCUCAUUUGGUUCAAGACGAGGUUCUUGCGUAUGGGGACGAAGCUGCAUGUGCAGUCGUGA